GGGUCGUACCCGUCAACAAAACCGGUUCGAAUCUUCAAACACGGUUUAUUUGUCUAAUUGUCUGCUUUGAUCUUCAAGCCCGAUUCACUUUGCUCUCUCCCUCUCUCUGCAACUUUCUUCUUCGUCGUCGUCGACUCGGAGACGAGCCUCACAGAAAAUGAGCGGCCACGACUCCAAGUACUUCUCCACCACCAAGAAGGGAGAAAUCCCUGAGCUCAAAGAGGAGCUCAAUUCUCAGUACAAGGAUAAGAGAAAAGAUGCUGUCAAGAAAGUGAUUGCUGCAAUGACAGUUGGGAAGGAUGUGUCAUCACUCUUCACGGAUGUAGUCAAUUGCAUGCAAACGGAAAAUUUGGAGCUGAAGAAGCUUGUGUAUUUGUAUCUCAUAAAUUAUGCUAAAAGUCAGCCGGACCUAGCCAUACUUGCAGUAAACACAUUUGUUAAGGACUCACAGGAUCCCAAUCCUUUGAUUCGUGCUUUGGCCGUGCGCACAAUGGGGUGCAUUCGUGUUGAUAAAAUUACAGAAUAUCUUUGUGAUCCUCUUCAGAGAUGUCUUAAGGAUGAUGAUCCAUAUGUUCGCAAGACAGCAGCCAUAUGCGUCGCCAAACUUUAUGACAUAAAUGCUGAGUUGGUUGAGGAUAGGGGUUUUCUGGAAUCUCUGAAGGAUUUGAUAUCCGACAACAAUCCAAUGGUUGUAGCAAACGCUGUUGCUGCUCUGGCUGAAAUUCAAGAGAAUAGUAACAGACCCAUUUUUGAGAUCACAAGUCAUACACUGUCUAAGCUGCUUACUGCUUUAAAUGAAUGCACAGAGUGGGGCCAAGUUUUUAUACUGGAUGCUCUGUCUAGAUACAAGGCAGCUGAUGCUCGUGAAGCUGAAAACAUAGUGGAGAGAGUGACACCACGACUACAACAUGCUAACUGCGCAGUUGUACUUUCAGCUGUGAAGAUGAUCCUGCAACAAAUGGAACUAAUAACUAGUACUGAUGUGGUUAGAAAUCUUUGCAAGAAGAUGGCUCCUCCACUUGUGACAUUACUCUCUGCUGAACCAGAAAUACAAUAUGUUGCAUUGCGGAACAUAAACCUUAUAGUACAAAGACGGCCUACAAUCCUUGCUCAUGAAAUUAAGGUAUUCUUCUGCAAGUACAAUGAUCCCAUUUAUGUGAAGAUGGAAAAGUUGGAAAUCAUGAUCAAGCUGGCUUCUGACCGAAAUAUAGACCAGGUUCUCUUGGAGUUUAAAGAGUAUGCUACAGAAGUUGAUGUUGAUUUUGUUAGAAAAGCUGUUCGUGCAAUUGGCCGUUGUGCCAUCAAAUUAGAUAGGGCAGCUGAGCGGUGCAUUAGUGUUCUACUUGAACUGAUUAAGAUUAAAGUGAACUAUGUGGUUCAAGAGGCCAUUAUUGUCAUCAAAGAUAUCUUUAGGAGAUAUCCCAAUACCUAUGAAUCCAUUAUUGCAACACUAUGCGAGAGCCUGGACACUUUGGAUGAACCAGAAGCUAAGGCAUCAAUGAUCUGGAUAAUUGGCGAAUACGCGGAGAGAAUUGAUAAUGCUGACGAGCUCCUUGAGAGCUUUCUGGAAAGUUUCCCUGAAGAGCCUGCACAAGUCCAGUUGCAACUGCUGACUGCAACUGUCAAACUUUUCCUUAAGAAACCAACUGAAGGGCCUCAGCAGAUGAUACAGGUUGUCUUGAAUAAUGCGACUGUAGAAACAGAUAACCCUGACCUUCGGGAUCGUGCGUACAUAUAUUGGCGUCUCUUGUCAACUGACCCUGAGUCUGCGAAGGAUGUUGUGUUAGCAGAGAAGCCAGUGAUUAGCGAUGAUUCAAACCAGCUUGAUCCAUCUCUUCUGGAUGAGCUUCUUGCCAACAUCGCUACAUUAUCUUCUGUGUAUCACAAGCCCCCAGAAGCGUUUGUAACGCGCGUGAAGACUACAAACCAGAGAACGGAAGAUGAUGAGUAUGCAGAAGGAAGCGAAGCCGGGUAUUCUGAAUCUUCUGCGCCUGUUGCUGAUGGCGCUGCAUCUCCAUCAAGUAGCUCUGGAAGUGUUCCAUAUGCUGGAGCGAGACAACCAGGUCCUGCACCAACUCAGCCCGCACCUGCUGCUCCAGUUCCAGAUCUACUAGGUGAUCUGAUUGGCUUGGAUAAUAGUGCCAUUGUUCCUACGGAUCAGCCUGCUACUCCAGCUGGCCCUCCAUUGCCUGUUUUACUGCCGGAAUCAACCGGUCAAGGUUUGCAGAUCAGUGCUCAGCUCACACGACGGGAUGAUCAAAUCUUUUACAGUUUAUUGUUUGAGAACAACUCACAGGUUGCUCUUGACGGUUUCAUGAUUCAAUUCAACAAGAAUACAUUUGGUGUUGCAGCUGCUGGACCGUUGCAGGUUCCACAAUUGCAACCUGGGACAUCUGCAAGGACACUUCUGCCGAUGGUUAUUUUCCAAAAUAUGUCUCAAGGUCCUCCAAGCUCACUCCUUCAGGUUGCUGUAAAAAACAAUCAACAACCAGUGUGGUACUUCAAUGAUAAGAUCUUGUUGCACGUGUUCUUCACUGAGGAAGGAAGAAUGGAGCGUGCAAGCUUUCUCGAGACAUGGAGAUCCCUGCCCGACUCAAACGAGGUGUCAAAGGACUUCCCUGGUGCCGUGAUAAGCACAGUGGAAGCUACUCUGGACCUGCUGACUGCCUCAAACAUGUUCUUUAUCGCAAGACGCAAGCACGCAAACCAGGAUGUUUUCUACUUCUCGGCAAAACUCCCUCAAGGAACACCUUUCUUGAUCGAACUCACCACAGUCGUUGGAAACCCCGGAGUCAAGUGUGCAAUCAAGACUCCAAACCCUGACAUGGCACCUAUUUUCUUUGAAUCCAUUGAUACUCUUCUUAGGGCUUAAUUCUGUUUAUAUACUUUUUUUUUUCUUUUUGCUAUUUUGGUUACUAUUUGUAAAA